AUGCAGGUGCACCAGAAGAGCACGCGUAUCAAGUUUCAAGGCGGAUGCCACUAUCGCCAUGAACUAUCGGUGACCCUCAAAGCCCAUCUCAGGCUUCAUGAAAAACGGACAUCGCUUGCGCCGGCAGCUGUACCGACUGUGAUCAAUGCACAUCUGCCUUCCCGACUAAAACCUGCUCGGACGCGCAAAAAAAAGCGUGAGGUCAAGUUUGAUCAACAACACGGCAUUGUCGGCGCUCAAAUGUUUAUGACUGAAAUUGGCUGCCUUUUGUCUCCCGCAUUCGAAUCGCCGGUGUGCACGCAAUGCAGCCACGUCCUGAGCGGUAGUGUGCCUCACCAUCUGCUCAAAAAGCACCAUGUACGGUGCAGCCAAGAAGAUGUUGAUGCAGCCAUGGCACUCCUGCGACCUCUGCAGCCCGAGGAGCCGUCAGUUGACCUCGGGCCAGAAUCAGGACCUUGUAUGCCUAUUGAAGGCAUUCCUAUUCUUGACGGUGUGGGUUGCCCCCUGUGUCAGGCAUGCUUUACCUCGAGCGGCAGUCUCAGGAAUCAUGUUACGACAGAACAUCCAGAUGAACCGGAGGCCAAAUAUUCACCUCGACAGGUGAAAUUGCAAAAGCCGCUGCGUGGUGUUGGGGCCCGCUGUGUCGAGGUCAUUGUGGAGGAAAGCCACGACGCCUCGGCAGCCGAUGUGAGCGAAAACGAGGAGGAGCUGGAGGAGCAGCAGCGGUUCAAGCAGUUUAUCUCAAGCACCCAGGCCAUGGCCUCAGAGGCUGAAGAAAAGCGAUGCCCGCACGGUGUUCACCAGAUGCAUCCGUUUUACGACAGCGUGGGCAUGACGCUGGUCAUCAACGAGCUGAAGCCAGAGCGCAUGGUCGAACUGGGCCACAACACCCCGUCAGCACUCCUUGAGUCGGGCAUGCACGAGCUGUUCUGGUCGGCCUACGAGCAGCUAUCGGAUCAGGGCCUGGCCGCCGCUGCUGUGACGCGUCUGUUUGACGACAAUGAAGGGCAGUAUCAGCAUCGCCCCAUGCGGCAAGUACAGCCGCAAACCGUCAGCAGGUACCUGAGUCUUGGAACACGCCUGGUCCAAUUUUUGCUGCUGCUGGAGGCCAUGCCAGCCCCCGAUCCGUUGAGCUUCCUGGGCCAGCACCAUGUGCGGUGCAGCCAAGAAGAUAUUGAUGCAGCCAUGGCACUCCUGCGCCCGCUGCAGCCCGAGGAGCCGCCGAUCGACCUUGGGGCAGAAUCUGAGCCGCGUACGCCUAUCGAAGGCAUCCCCAUUCUGGACGGUGUGGGUUGCCCCUUGUGUCAGGCAUGCUUCACGACAAAAGGCAGUCUGUGGAAUCACAUCGUAGCUGAGCAUCCCGACGAACCAGAGGCCAAGCAGCCGCCUCGACGAGUCAAGCUGCAAAAGCCGCUGCGCGGUGCUGGAGCCCGCUGUGUCGAGGUCAUUGUGGAGGAAAGCCACGACGCCUCGGCAGCCGAUGUCAGCGAGAACGAAGAGGAGCUCGAGGAGCAGCAGCGGUUCAAGCAGUUUAUCUCAAGCACCCAGGCCAUGGCCUCGGAGGCUGAGGAUAAGCGAUGCCCGCACGGCGUUCACCAGAUGCAUCCGUUCUACGACAGCGUGGGCAUGACGCUGGUCAUUAACGAGCUGAAGCCAGAGCGCAUGGUCGAACUGGGCCACAACACACCGUCGGCACUCCUCGAGUCGGGCAUGCACGAGCUGUUCUGGUCGGCCUACGAGCAGCUCUCGGAUCAGGGCCUGGCCGCCGCUGCGGUGACGCGUCUGUUUGACGACAAUGAAGGGCAGUAUCAGCAUCGCCCCAUGCGGCAAGUACAGCCGCGAACCGUCAGCAGGUACCUGAGUCUUGGAACACGCCUGGUCCAAUUUUUGCUGCUGCUGGAGGCCAUGCCAGCCCCCGAUCCGUCCAGCUUUCUGGGCCAGGUGCUUGCCAGCCGUGGCCCUGCGGUAAUCAAUGCCACCGCGGCUCUGAGUGCGGGCCUGAACGCUGAAAUGACCAAGAAAGAGCUGGUCGAGCCCCUGACGUCUCUGUGGCUGGCCCUGGUGGAGGUGGAGCUGAGCCUCUUUGACAACGACAAGGUGCACUUUGUCAACGUCUUCUUAUUGUGCACGGCCGUGUCCAAAGGAAGCGGCAUCCUGCAAGACAUCAGGCAGUGGACCACGACGCCCGCUGGACUGCUGUACGUUUUCAAAUUGUUCCUGCUUCGCCGUGGCAAGAAUGAGUCGUGGUCAGUGGCUAACGAGUUGAGGCCGUAUAUGCAGCCCGGGCGAUUGGUGCACUUCUUAAGCCAGCGCAUGAGCAUGGCACGAACAGCGAGCAUGGCCGAGGGGCAGGCUGGAGUCGACGUCGAUAUCCGAGCCGAUGGCGACGUCCGGGACGCUCGAAACCACUACAACAACAGCCACCUGCUCUUCAACAUCGCGCCCCUGCAGGCGAUGGUCAGCCCAGCCACCAUUUAUGCGGCAUUUCGUCGGCAGAUGACCACGUACCUGCAUCGGCCAAAGCUGGGGGUGGCCACAUGGCGACACGCCGCAACCUUCUGGAUGACGACGUUUGUCAUUAACCGACUGUCGGCCGAGACGACCGGCGCCCUGGGCAGCCUGAUCCACACUCAAGCUCAACACUCUGGGGACACGGCCCAGCAGGCCUAUGCGCGCACAGCCAGUGACCAUGUGCAAACCAAAAUGUCGUCGCGACUGAUGCAUCAAGUGGCCUCGCAAAAAUGGCAUGCUUUGUUUGGACUAGAUCGCAGGCGCAGCAUGGCCGAGUUGACAGCGAACCAAGAAGCAUUGGAAGCUCGCUAUCCCAUCAGCUGGAACCCGGUGACUGACCUCUCGCCCGAGGCAAACGGGCGCAUCAUCAUGAACACGAGGGCCGAGCAUGACGUACCCUACAUGACCCAGCUGGCCAAGCAGGCAAGCAUCUCGUGGGGCCACAGUUUCAACAGCCAAGAACAGUUGGACCUGGCUGCGGCCAUUGACCAGCACCGGCCGGAAGAUGGAUGGCUGAUUGUUGUUGCACCGACAGGCAUGGGUAAAACAUUUUGUACCCUGCCCAAGCUGGGCUGUCGCCCGCAUGCCGGUACGGUGCUGUGGAUUGUGCCGUUUGUGGCCGUGGCCAACGAUUUAUUGCGGCGAUUUCAAGGCGCAGGUCACAGUGCCCAGCGAUGGCUUGGUCCCUCUACACAGGUGGCAGAUGGCCUGGACGUGCUCAUCGUUACGACCGACAUGUUUGUCCGCGUGGGAUCUGAAUCACUACACGGAAAGGUCUGCUUUCAGCGCAUCCGCACCGUGGUGAUGGACGAGGCGCACACGCUCAUCUCGGAUGCCAGCUACCGAGAUGUGAUGGACGAAGUCGCAGCCAGUGUGGGCUCUGGCGGAUGGACCAACAUCAAACGCGUGGCGUUGACGGGCACACUUUGCAUCGGGAACCAGGAGCAUCUGUUUCGAAAGCUGGGUCAGCAAGUCGGGGGCAAGGUGUACCGUCUGGAGACGAUGCGUCGCGAUCUGCAGCUGCGUGUGCUUCACGGAAACCAGCUAAACUUUUUGUCGCAUGUGCAAGCCAUUGUGGACACGCAGCGGGUGAUGCGUCAGGCGAAUGGGGAGCGUGUGCACAUGAUGGUCUUUUGUGACACCGUGAACGAGGUGAAGCUGCUGUGUGACCAGCUGCACGCAUACGGCUACGUGGCCUUGCCCUACUACACCGACCUGGAGGAGAAGGCGCAAAAGGACCAUGUGGCACAGUGGCAACGGGGUGAAUGCGACGUCAUUGUGACCACCAGCUGCCUCAGCACGGGUGUGGAUCUGCUCACCAUUCGCCACGUGCUGUGGUAUGGCAAUGGCUACAACGUCUAUACGCUGGCCCAGCGGCUCAGGCAGCGGAGUCGCCUCUUCCCGCAGCAAAACGAGCAGCAUCGAGUGGCACGCGCACCGCUGCCGUUGCCGCUACUGCUAUCACUCGCUCUGAAGCCCCGGUAUCUGCUGCGGCUACGCCACCGAAUCGGCACAACGUCGCCCCAAUAUUUCGGCCGAAAUCGGGAACAAAAAAAAAAUUAUCUGAUGAACUACGCGGCGGCAGACAAGUUUAUUGGCGUUCUGAAGUUGAUGGAUGAUUACUGCAUGCGAUGUACCAUUCGACAGGCGAAACCCGUCCUGAAGGCCGGGCAUCGAUGCGUAUGCAAUCGUGUUUGUGAGCGGUGUCACUUCGGAGGACACGAGACAAGUGAUUGUUCAGUGCACCUCGCAUACCCCGACAGAGCCUGUUGCUACGCUUGUGGAAUGCCAAGUUGGAUUCGUGGAUGUAAAACAUGGGAUCACCGUUGCAGGCAGUCCCAAGGGCUGAAUUCGGGCCUGAGUUGUCUCCUCCUUUAUUCGGACUGUCAUCCGGGGCUGCGCGACCUGGCCCAGCGGAUGGGCUACAACUUGAGGGAAAGGACAUUGAAGGAUUUAAAAACGCGCGACUUGUUUGUCGAGUGGCUGUACUCGCCCGUUCCUGGUCUACCUCCAAGGGAUGGGCAUUGGCGUCUUGUGGAAUUUGUGUUUGAAAGUGCGAGGGUCCUGCUCCCCAGUGCGGCGAAAGCCCAAGUCGGCCCCCUCGACAGUUUUCGUUAA